AUGGCGAAGCAUUCUUUUGCUUUCGUCUCGCAUGUUCAUCUCUUUUAUGCGCAGCUUUUUGUGACCGAGGGCCUGGUGUGCCAGUCUGCGUUGUGUCACGUGGUUCUGUGUGAACUUCUCGUGACGAAAGCAGCUAUCUUGGACAAGGAAUCCGAGCUGAAGUACCAGAUGGACGAAGCGGGUGUCGCUCUGCUGAUCCAGCUGAUGGCCUACCGCAACGGGUUUGAUUGCAUCCGCGUCUUUGCCGGCAUCGAUGAAACAAAGGCCGAGGUGCGCAAGGCUCUCAAAGAUGAGCUCCCACUGGAUUACUCCGCAGAUGCUGUGCACUCAGUAGGCUUGUGA